GACAGUCGCUCAGCGAUGACGUUGCUAGCCGACAGAUGGCAAUGUUUAUUUGUUUUAUUUGCUCCGUUGGACCACCCUAUUUUAACUGAUGGACAACGAUAAAUAAAUGACUUAGAUAUAUAAGUUAUCAUUGCAUGUUACAAUUUUAUAUAAAUAUCGUGUAGCUAUAAAUUAUGUUUUCUUUAUUUAUUUUUUACAGUGCAAGUCACUCAGGGCCAAAAUAUUCUAGUAACUGUUCGCUGUAAUUAUCAAUGUUUUCCGAGCGAGGGCGAGGGCGAGGGUGUAAGACCCGUGUUGUAACUUGUCAAGAAAGUUUCGGUCGCCCUUGCAGCGCAUAAUGUCGGGGAGAUCCUGCUCUUCAGCUGUCCGUUGAUCGUCCGCGGGUUAUUUAGAUGAAAUCAUGCUGUGCGUCCUGACCAGAGCUGCAACCAGGGCGGGGCUGGUGAAGCCCUGCCGUCGGCUCAGUCCACUGCCGGUGGUGCAGGUGUCGGAGCGGCCGCUGGUCCAUCAGGAGAGUCUCCCGAAGCUGCCGGUUCCGCCGCUGAAGCAGACGUGCGCGCGCUAUCUGGCCUCGCUCGAGCCGCUGAUCAGCGAGGAGGAGAUGACGCACUCGCGCGAGCUGAUGGACGACUUCCUGCGGCCCGGCGGCGUCGGAGAGAGACUGCAGAAGAGCCUCGAGCGCCGGGCGCGCAAAACCGACAACUGGCUCUCUGACUGGUGGAUGCAGUCGGCCUACCUAGACUCUCGAAUGCCUGUGGCGAUGUACACCAGCCCUGGGGUCGUUUUACCCAAAAUGCACUUCCACGACCGUCAGGGACAAAUGAGGUUUGCUUCUAAACUUAUUGCUGGGGUUUUGGAUUUUAAAAGCAUGAUUGAUAGUGAAACAUUGCCUGUGGAAUAUCUGGGGGGCAAGCCUUUGUGCAUGGACCAGUAUUACCAGGUGCUGACUUCCUGUCGGAUCCCUGGACCCAAGAGAGACACUGUGGUGAACUACGCUAUCGGGAAGACCCCUCCUUCCCACAUCACAGUGGUCCACAACUUUCAGUUCUUUAUUCUGGAUGUGUACAACAGCGAUGGUUCACCACUGACUGUAGAUCAGAUCUGUGUUCAGCUGGAGAAGAUCUGGAACACUUCCCUUCAGACUAAUAAAGAGCCGGUUGGGAUCCUGACCUCCAACCACCGUAACACCUGGGGCAAGGCCUACAACAACCUUAUCAAGGACAAGACAAAUAAGGAGUCAGUGAGGGCAAUCCAGAAGAGCAUCUUCACAGUGUGUCUUGAUGCACCAAUGCCACGCGUGUCAGAUGAGAUGUACCAUAACAAGGUGGCCGCUCAAAUGCUCCAUGGUGGAGGCAGUCGCUGGAACAGUGGGAACCGGUGGUUCGACAAAACACUGCAGUUCAUAGUUGGAGAGGAUGGAUCGUGUGGACUCACCUAUGAACAUGCUCCGGCUGAGGGCCCUCCCAUUGUUUUCCUGGUGGAUCAUGUUGUUGACUAUAUGAAGAGAUCUGAGAUUGUACGAACUCCCAUGAUUCCACUUCCUAUGCCACAAAAACUUCGAUUCAACAUCACACCAGAAAUCAAGAAGGACAUUGAGAAAGCCAAACAAAACAUGAACAUAAUGGUGCAUGAGCUGGACGUCCGAGUGCUCAACUUCACACACUAUGGAAGAAAAUUCCCAAAGUCUCAUAAAAUGAGUCCUGAUGCAUUCAUCCAAAUGGCUCUGCAGUUGGCAUACUAUAGGAUGUAUCAGACCUGCUGUCCGACCUACGAAAGCGCCUCCUUACGCAUGUUUAGAUUGGGCAGAACUGAAGCCAUUCGAUCCACCACCACAGAAUCGCUCCAGUUCACAAAAGCCAUGGAUGAUCCAUCAAUACAUAAUAGUGAGAAAGCAGCACUGCUCGAAAAGGCCAUCAAAGUCCACAGAGAACACACACACAUGGCCAUCCAUGGGCAGGGUAUAGAGAGGCACAUGCUGGGUCUAAAGAUGAUGGCCAUUGAGGAUCUGACCUCUUUACCUGAGAUCUUCAUGGACACGUCGUUCGCUGUAUCUACACAUUUUAAUCUCUACACAAGUCAGGUUGGAUCAAAGACAGACUGUGUUAUGUGUUUCGGACCCAUGGUUCCUGAUGGUUACGGUAUCUGCUACAACCCCAUGGAUGACCAUAUCAACUUCGCAGUUACUGCCUUCAACAGCUGCGAGGAAACAAAUGCCACAAAACUGUCACAGUUUCUAGAAGACUCGCUUCUGGACAUGAAGACUCUUCUGGAGCAGGUCUCUAAGACCCAGUGAGUGAUGGCAAAAGAUACUCUCACAGAAGCCCUGAAACACUUU